AUGCUGGUGACCUAUUUGGAAGCCAGCCAGGACCUUUGCAAGACGAACGCAAUUCUUUUUGGCGCAGCACUGGCAGUAUGCCGUAUUAUAGGCGCCAAACUUUCCACGGCUAGACGCGCUACUGGACAAAGUAGCGCUAUCUCAGCCUGGAGAAUAAGAAUUGAUGAACGUAGCGCAAAGGCUAGGGCCCUCAUCGGCAGACUGAUAUGCUUCAGGUCAGGCAACAACAGGCCAAGGAUUGUGCGCACCGUCAAGAUGGCAUUUGCUGGGACAAAUGUUAGUUUAUCCCAGCCGGAUAUAAUGCAAAAACUGACGGAGCGCAUAGACCACCUAAAGCAGAGAAUCGCUGCUUGGGGAAAGCGGAGUCGACAAUAUACCGAGAGGUCGACACGGUUCCACCUGAAUCGUCUCUUCCAGAGUGAUUAG